GACUCGGAAGUAGCUAGCUAACGUUAGCUAGGUUUAUUUUUUGCAGACAUUUAAAUUGGCUGAUGUAGCUAGCUAGCUUUUAGAAUAACAUUUACAUUAACUCGUUUUUUAAACGACACUCAAAAUGUCUAACUGUAUCGCCCUUCAGACACAACUAACCUCGAUCAUGGAGGUUUUAGCCAAAUCAGCGGUGGCAGAAAUCGCCAAACUUAUCGAUGACAACUGUGCUGUAUUACAUUUCGAAAUAUCUCGGAAGCAUAAUGAAAAUGAAAUUUUGCGGAGAAAACUGCUCAUGGUGGAUAAUGAACUGAAGAUUGCGCGGAUUUCACGACACACCGUCUACCUAGGCUAUAGCAGCCCAUGGAUUCCGUGAAAAUACGACGCCUAGCGUUGAGGUGAGUAACUACCUGAAGUGUUGUGGAAUCCAAUGGGUUGCUUUAGUCUAGCAUGAGGACAAAAAAGGGCAGUUUAAGUAAAAACGAUCAGUAUUUCAGUCUUCUCAUUGUAUCAUUUUGGACAAUUAGUAGUGUAGCGCCAUCUUCUAUCCCUGGAUUGAGGAACGUUGAUUAGAAAACUCGGCUUGGGAGUCCCAUGGGGCGGCGCACAAUUUGUUCUUAAUUUAUCUGACUUACCUAAUUAAAUAAAGGUUACACACACACACACAACGUUUUCCGAACCAUAUCUCGCCGGGCUCCGGACCAUACUGGGAAGAUGUACUUACAGUGACCAUAAAUAAGGUCGGAAUCAUAUGGUUGCCUACCUGUCAAAAAAAUACUACUGGAGAGUCCUGGGAGUCUCCUUUAUGUCUGUAAUAAUUUGCUGUUUCAGAGAAAUACAUGGACAGCUGUGCUUCAGACUGGAGACCCAGUCAGCGAGGAGAUGAGGAUGCGUUUGGGUCAGCUUUGGGAGAAAUUAAGUUUGCAGAGAUAGAAACCCCUUUCAUUAAGGUAGAGAGACAGGAUGAUGGAUCAUGGAGCAGGGAGCAACACAGAGGACCAAGUGGACAGGGAAACACUGCAUACGUCAAUAAUGCCAUUCAGAAGCUUCCCAUUGGGAAUCAUCAGGACUUGGAAGAAGAGGAGAAUCAGGACCCACUAAUUCUCCUGGAAGAGCAGCUGGCAGAAGGCCAAGAGAAGCUUAGUGAGCUGUGCCAGUCUCAGUCUGGGCACUGUGGCGAGGAGGAGACCAGUGUUCUAGAGUUUGUAAUAAAGACUGAGAAGGAGGAAGAACAUUCUGGAUUCAGUCAGGCUGGAUGUCAGAGGAGCACAGUAAAGCAGCAGAACCCCGUGAGCUCUGAAUUUGUAAUGGAUGAAAGAGACAGUCAACUGUGGUCGUCUAUAGUUCAAGGGAAUGAUGACAUAGUCAUAGAGACUGACUUUCCUGAUUUCUCUUAUGUAGCCGACCAGUAUUCAGAGAGUUUUCCAGAUCGCUCCGAGGCUCAGCCUCAGCCACAGCCCCUCUCUAGCCCAGUGGAAGGCCCUAGUAAAUCAGCCAUCUCACCUUUACAUAGACCGUGCAAUGGAUCAAUGUACAACAAAGUCUUUCAGAAAGAGAAAGUAAGUGCAUCUCAGUCUGUGUCUAGUUCUUUUCAGUGCCGACCGCAGAUCAACCAUUCACAGCAGCAGACCAGGCAGAGAGAUCAGGUGUUCUCCCAGAGGAAUAAUCACAUCCCACCGUCCAGGCCUCAAGACACUGGACACACAGCAGAGCGAAGCUUUGGACUGAGUGACACUGACAGACCAACUGCCUCCCAUUUAGGGAUUCGAUUGAACAAUAACACUUUUACACCAGGUGGCCUCAGAAGCUUCUCUAUGCCUCAUUAUAAUACGAAAAAUCACUGGGGUACAGCCAUAACAGAGAAGGUUUUCAGUUGCUCGCAGUGUGGCAAGAGUUUUAGUCGCCUGUCCUAUCUCAAGAUACAUCAGCGAAGUCACACGGGAGAGAGGCCGUUUCGGUGCACCGUCUGCGGGAAGAGUUUUCAUUGCUCCUCGCACCUGACUAUACACCACCGCAUUCACACGGGAGAGAGACCCUAUAGCUGUGCCACGUGUGGGAAGAGGUUUACCCAGCAGAGCAGUCUCAAGACCCACCAGAGUGUCCACAGUGGAGAGAGACCAUAUGGUUGCUCUCAGUGUGGCAAGACUUUCACUCUUCUGCACCAUCUGAAGAGGCACAGGAUUAUUCAUGCUGGGUAUAGCUGAGUGGGUCAUUUAUUAUUAUUAUUAUUAUUAAACCUCUAUCCAGGAAGUCCGUAAAUAUGGUCCUCAAAGCUGAAUUUAAGAUAGUUAUUUGUUUUACUUUAGAAAUGAAAAUAGUUCAAGAGAAAUUAGAACUUUGAUGUUUUAUGCUAUUUUCAACACUACAGAAACAUUUCAUGAAAUAAAAUACACAUCGAAUAGUUUUGCAUCAGGCCUUUUAAUAAACUAUGAAAAUCGGUACUCUCCAUAA